AUGUCGAAGCACUACCGGGCUAUCCGCAGCUUCCUACCCACCGCAACGGCGGUCGGAAAGCGCCUCUCGCGGCAGACCUCGCAGGAAAUAGUCCUAGGUGGUGGCAUCGGCGUUCCUCUGGCCGAGGCCUCCUCGCUUGUGCCGCGUAGUAACACGAUCGCGCAAUCAUCAUUCGGCGCGCUUCGCCCCAACGGCCCUGCGAUUUCCACCACGUCUUCCGCCGCGUCCGCGUCAUCCGCCCCGCCUUCCGCGGCAUUAUCCCCAGCGGAAUCCUCUUUCCGGAGACAUCACGAUCACUCCUGCUCCCCGUCUCUCGCUCCAUCAGCAACACCCUACUUCCCCUCAUCCACUUCUCUACCAUCAGCCUUCCUUUCUCCAGCCAGUACCGCCACCGUCGGCGGAACCAUCAGUACCGAUCAUCGCCGAUUCGCUGAGCCGCCCACAGCUGCUGUCCUUCCUGUCUUCGGCGUAGCUCGCCGAACUUUCCCGGGCCCCUCACCACUCUCCAAAGGGACUCCCGGCUCCUGGUCCGAUUCUGCACCCGCAUUUCCAGGAAAUAGCGCAUUUCCCGCCGCCGUUCCCGCCGCUGUUUCCGCUGCGGACGCCGCCGCCGCCCCCACUGAACCCGCGCAAUGCGGGGUACUGCUUCGUCGUUGUUCUGCCACGGGUUCCGGCGUUUCAGAUGCUGAGUUCCUGCAGCAUGAUUGGAUGCGUCGAGCCGCGUGGAUGCGGUUGGCCACAGCGGGGGCUGCGGACAACGGCGCUGACGAUGCUGCGGCUACUGCUCACGUGGCGGAACACGACUACAGCGAGCGGAGGGACGAUGAGAUAGGCGACGGGGAGAAAUGUACGGCGACCGCGGACGAUAGCGCUCUUGACGCGUCGAAUGGAACGACCGAGGCCUAUCAAGGUGAAGAGGGUAAAACCGCCGAUCGUCGGAAUCACGUGGACGUAGCGUCACGGCCUCGUCACAAUCAGGCCAGCUCCGCCACGCGUUUCCUCCCAAAACCCCCAACGGCGUCAGCAACUAAUCUCGAAUCCGUUCUUAACGGGGAUGAGGACCCUGGUUACUGGGUCGACAGCGCGCAGACGUACCACAGCGUCGGUUGGAUCGGCAGCAACCAGCACCGCCGCCACGAGCUGCGUCACGAGCGGUUAGCUGCUGCUUGUGCUCCUAGUAGCGACACAUGUCUGAUAUCAUCUCAUACAAGUCGUUCGUACCCGCGCGAUCAUGACACCAAUGCAGCAGGGUGGUUAGACGACAGAGAUCGCACGGUAGCAGAAUCGUGGGUGAACGACAGCCGUCGAUCGCUGGAUGAGGUGUGGAUGGACAGCGCGCGAUCGCGCAUCCGGGACGCAGCAUUGCAGCUGGUGGAGGCGCAGCAAGCGGCGCUGGAGCAUAGUAGAGUAGCGUCUGCCAUGGAAGCUGCGAUGCUGGAGAGGCAGAGUAGCCUGGGGAGGCAGACGAGCCUGGGGAGGAGCCCUGGGGGAAACGGCGCAGGAGGAAAAGCGAGGAAGAGUAUGCUUUCCUGGUCACCUCCCGCCAAUGACGUGGGUGUGUGUAGGAGCACCCGCAGCAGCCCGAUGCGCAGAUUUGGUAUGGGAGGUUGGGGAGGGGGAUCGGUUUGUGACAAUGUGGGGGUUGCUUGUAACGGGGAUGGGAAUGAGAUAGAUUUGGUGGCUGGAAAGGUUUGUGUUGAGGGUUUCAUGGCAAGGACUGGGGGAAACUCGCCGUUGGGAAGGGUUGGGAUGAUUUUCCGUUUAGGGAGCUCCAAAGGAGUAGUUUCAACAAGUUAA